AUGUCAUUGUCAAUUCCGAUGACAAGUCCGAUGUCUACUCCGCAAAGAAAAGCUUACCGCGUCAUCUCCGGGCUACUCUCCGGCCCCGACCUUAGUUACGACGAGUUUACCAAAGGGUUUAUCCUCCGACAUCUGGUUGACCUAGUCUCUACUGGUCUUGUGCUACAGUACAAAAUCGACAAUGUCGCCUCCGUAAAUCUCCUUCAGGCAUACGGAUCGAUCCCGUAUCAAAACAAGAAACACUCGGUUCCUGUCACCAUCUGUUUCCCGCAGUAUUACCCUCAUCUUUGUCCUGAGGUCUUCGUGAAUUGCGCAGACGAUACGACAAUCCAAGAAAGCAACUGUGUUGAUUCUUCUGGUGCAGUCUCUCAUGCUUAUCUCGACUCUUGGAAAUACCAUGAAUCCAAUGUCGUAUCACUCUUCAAGGAACUCACCAAAGAGUUCACUGACCAUCCUCCUCUUUGCAUCCCUAAUCUAAAUGGGGUUUUGACACCUGAUCAGAUUACUCAAAAAUAUCUUCUAAGACAUUAUGAUUUAGCAACAUACCUCAAGAAUAAAGAAGGGGGUUUAGAAGCAUUCAUCAAGAAUGUGAAAGAUGUUGCUUCAGCGCAAGAACCUACUUACAGUGACGCAACCAAGAGGGUUAUCCAAGAACAUAUACGUAACCUACACCGUUAUUACCCUGAGAAAGGCAGCGUGGAGUGCGACUUGUCCAAACCUUUGAUCCAGGUACUUGUAAAAACCCCGUAUUGCCAAGAGGGAUGUAGCAAGAACUGGGCCUCUGUCACCAUCUACCUCCCAGUGUCUUACCCUGCUAGUCGUGCUCACGUUUGGUUGGAUUGUCCUAACGAUCAUGUCAUCAAGAAAGAUCUAGUAAGUAUCGCUCCUACUAGUGGUCUCGUCUUUUUCACUUAUCUCCGGAACUGGGAUGAGAAGAAAUCCAAUCUCGUUGGACUUGUCUCGCAUCUCAGCGCCGAAUUCACUUGUCAACCCCCUUUCGAUCGCUGCCAGCAAUUUUAG